GGGCAAACCACUGGGCCGAGCUGAUCCGUUUCGCGCUCGCUCGCCGCUUCGCCUCUCCUGAUCCCCCUCCCCUCCUCAAGAAUCCUCGCGAAACCCUAGGCGCGCGGCAGGUAGGGCAUGGCGAAGGAUCAGAACGGCUCGGCCGCCGGCGAGGGGGAGGCGGCUGCGGCUGUGGCGGCGCGCAGCCGCAGCAAGUCCAUAGAAGCCGACGAGGAGGAGCGUUCGAAGGGGAGACGGGACCGGGACCGGGACCGCCGUGGCAAGUCGAAGAGGCGGGAGGAGGAGGAGGAGGAGGAGGAGGAGGAGGGGGACGCCGGGAGCGAGUCCUCCGGCGAGGACUCAGGCGAGCGGCGGAAGCGGCGCAGGAAGGAAAAGGAGCGGCGGCAUCGGCGGCGCCGGAGCCGUAGCGCGAGCUCGGGCUCGUCGUCGGAGUCUGAGUCCGAAUCCGAGUCUUCUUACUCGGAUUGCAGUGCGGGGUCAGAGAGCGAGACAGACUCAGAGGAGGAGAGGCGAAGGAGGCGGCGGCGGAGGAGGAGGAAGGAGAGGGAGGAGGAGGAGAGGAGGCGGAGGAGGAAGGAUAAGGAAAGAAGGAAGAGGAAGGAGAAGGAGAGGGAGAGGGAGAGAAAGAAAAAGGAGAAGAAGAAGAGGAGGAAGGAGGAAAAGAAGAACUUGGGCAAAAAGGCUGCAGUGACAAACUCGUGGGGGAAGUAUGGCAUUAUCCGCGAAGUCGAUAUGUGGAACAAACGACCAGAGUUCACUGCAUGGUUGUCUGAAGUCAAGCAGGUUAAUUUGGAGGCAUUGUCAAAUUGGGAAGAGAAGCAAAUGUUUAAGGAAUUUAUGGAAGAUCACAACACAGCUACUUUUCCGUCAAAAAAAUAUUAUGACUUGGAUGCAUAUCACCGUCGUGUGAUGGAAAAAGAGAAAAAGAAGGGCCUAAAGAAUGCCUUGGGAACAGAACGUACUGUAUUUAAUGAUGAGGAACAGCGACGGCUGGAAUUGCUCAGGGAACGUGAACGGCAAAAGGAGGAAGAAGUGGCAGCUUUAAAACGCUCCAUGCAAACUGGAAUGGCUCAAGCAAUGAAAGAGCAGGCCCGGCUACGGGAGGAAAUGAUGUACCAGUACAGAUUGGGCAAUUUUGAGGCUGCAGCUGCAAUCCAGAAAAGAUUGGAUCCUGAUGCUCCUCUACAGUAGGCAGCUUGUGGAGAGCGAUAUUUUCAUUUAGUUGACCCUUUUAUGAAUACUGUAGAACCUUAUGAGUACUGCAGUACUGGUUGGCAAAAAUUUUAAUUUUACCGAGCUGGCUUGUAAAAUGCCGUGAGCGGAUCGAUAUGAUUUUCAGAAUCUAAGCAAUCUUAGCUUCACUCGGGUUUUAUUCU